AUGGAAGCAGGAAACCACACAGAAGAAUCACAAUUCCUCCUCCUGGGCCUCUCAGAGCAUCCUGACCUGCAGCCCCUCCUCUUUGGAGCAUUCCUGUCCGUGUACCUGGUCACCGUGCUCGGGAACCUGCUCAUCAUCCUGGCCGUCAGCUCUGACCCCCACCUCCACACCCCCAUGUACUUCUUCCUCUCCAACCUGUCCUUUGUUGACAUCUGUUUCGUCUCCACCACUGUCCCGAAGGUGCUAGUGAACCUCCAAGCCCAGAGCAAAGACAUCUCUUACACAGGAUGCCUCACUCAGGUGUAUUUCUUUAUGAUUUUUGCUGUAAUGGAUGGUUUCCUCCUGACUGUGAUGGCCUAUGACCGCUUUGUGGCCAUCUGCCACCCCCUGCACUACAUGGUCAUCAUGAACCCACACCUCUGUGGUCUCCUGGUUCUAAUGUCUUGGUUCAUCAUUUUCUUGGUGGCCCUGGUUCACAUUCUACUGUUGAGGCGGCUGACCUUCUGUAUUGGCACUAAAAUUCCACAUUUCUUCUGCGAACUGGCUCAGAUGAUCAUGGUGGCCUGCUCUGACACCCUCGUCAAUAAGAUCUUCUUGUUUGUGGCAACUGCCCUGCUGGGUGUGUUUCCCCUCACUGGGAUCCUCCUCUCUUAUUCUCGAAUUGCCUUGUCUUUGAUGAGAAUGUCCUCGGCUGGGGGGAAAUAUAAAGCAUUUUCCACCUGUGGGUCUCACCUCUCUGCGGUCUCCUUGUACUAUGGGACAAGCCUGGGGGUCUAUCUCAGUUCUGAUGGGACCCAUUCUCCCCAGAGAAGUUCAGCUGCCUCCGUGAUGUACACUGUGGUCACCCCCAUGCUGAACCCCUUCAUCUACAGCCUGAGGAACAAGGAUGUGAAGGGGGCCCUGGGGAGGCUGCUCGGUCGAGGAGCCCCUUGUCCGUGACGGG